AUGCUUCAACUGUCGACGCUACCGAGCAGGGCCGGCUACAGCCCCCUCGUGCCCUCUCCCCUGAACCCCAAAGUCCACACCAUCGCGCCGCCGCGGUGCCAUAGGUUGCGGGAGAAGAGGCGCCAGCAGAGCCGAGGGGAUGUAAGCCCGACCCAGAGGCUGCUCCGUCACAAGGCCGCCAUGGCCUGGAAGUCGGAGGCCCUGACGCGCGAGAGCGCAAUCUACACCCGCGAGGAGAUCCUUGACAUCAUCGCCGAGUGCGAUCGUCAAGACGCCGCGGCGAGGGGCACCCCGCUCAUCACCACCACCCCCAGCAGCAAGCCGGCAGAGAAGCAACAGCCCCAGGUACACAUCCGCGCCGCGCACUGGAAGGAGCACGACGGCGAGGAGUACGACUUCUUCUGCGAGACGGACGAGGCCGACGCCGGCGAUUCAGACGAGAGCUUACGGCAAUGGUCAUCGCUCGUUCCCAGGCUGCGUAGCCCGUUCUCCAAAGACACGGCACGCCGCGUUGUGUUGGCAUUUGGAUUGAUGUGUAUCUGCGGAUGUCUGCCGGUGCUUCGGGCCCAUGGCUUCCACAUCUACCCGGCCAACGAGACGCCAUAG